CCUUCAACUAAGGAAUUGUUGGCCAUUAUUACUGUUUGUAAAUUGCUAAUUCAAUUUAUAACAACUGAUAGUAGAUAGUAAUCAUUUUUAAACAUCGAAACUUAUAAAUCUAGUAGGAGUUUAGAAUUAUAAUCCGCUAAUUGUGCAAAAUGGCUACUGAAAAUCCAGCCACCAAUGAACUUAACUUUGAAGAUUUCAAAAAACUUGAUAUAUCUAAAGAGCAGCUGAAAAUGUUAAAAUCAAUUUUUGAUUCAUUCGAUGUCGAGAAAAAGCAAGAAAUUUCGGUUGAUAUGAUUGGACAAAUUCUGGAUAUGCUGGGACAUAGGCAAACACCACAGGAAUUAGAGGCUAUCAUAAAAGAAAUUGAUGAAGAUGGAAAUGGCGUCAUGAAUUUCGAAGAGUUUGCCAAUUUAUCAGCUAGAUUUCUAGUUGAAGAAGAAGAAGAUACGGAAGCUAUUUUAAGAGAACUCAAAGACGCAUUUAGACUGUACGACAAAGAAGGUCUUGGUUACAUUUCAGUGGAUCUCCUGAAAGACAUAUUGAAGGAGCUUGAGCCCAAUUUAACUCCUGUAGAUUUAAAUGAAAUGAUAAAAGAAAUUGAUACCGAUAACUCUGGAACAGUAGACUGGGAAGAAUUCAAAGCAAUGAUGAUCGGUUAGCUGAAGACAUCAAAUUCAUUUCAUCAUAAUAAUCAUAUAAAUCACUGUGUAAGCACUUUUGUUGAUAAUAAAUAUAGUUAAUUAAGUAAACAAUACAAA